AUGGCAGAAAACAUGAAACAACCUCGUCUUGUUACUAGGAAGUUCUUAGCCAAACCUCAACGAGAAGGUGUUGGUGCUCUUGUUAGAAGAAGCAUAGGAAGAUUUGAGCUCAAGUACUUUGAUCCUUUCCUUCUCUUGGAUGAAUUCUCAGUUGCUGCUCCUGCUGGAUUUCCUGAUCAUCCUCAUAGAGGUUUUGAGACUGUCACAUAUAUGUUACAGGGUGCUAUAACACAUGAAGAUUUUGAAGGACACAAAGGAACAAUUGAAGCUGGUGACUUGCAGUGGAUGACUGCUGGCAGAGGGAUUGUGCACUCUGAAAUGCCUGCUGCUCAAGGAAUUCAAAAGGGUUUGCAACUAUGGAUCAACCUUGCUUCCCAACAUAAAAUGAUUGAACCAAAGUAUCAAGAAAUUUUAAGCAAGGACAUAGUAGAAUCUAUGCAAGAUGGUAUCAUGGUUAGGGUUAUAGCAGGGGAAGCACUUGGGAUAAAGUCUCCAAUUUACACAAGAACACCAACAAUGUACUUGGAUUUUACUCUUAAACCCGGAUCUCACUUACAACAACUUAUACCAAAAUCUUGGAAUGCUUUUGUGUAUGUUUUGGAAGGAGAGGGUAUUUUUGGAAACCAAAAAUCUCAUCCUACAACCUCUCACCAUAUUCUUCUUCUAGGUAAUGGGGAUGGCGUGGAGGCAUGGAAUAAAUCUUCUAAGGUACUAAGGUUCAUUUUGGUUGGAGGAGAACCAUUAGGUGAACCAAUAGUGCAAUUUGGACCCUUUGUGAUGAAUACUCAACAAGAGAUUGAUCAAACCAUUGAUGAUUUUGAAAACUAUACCAAUGGUUUUGAGAAAGCAAGAGAUUGGAGAUCUUAG